ACCACACUUCCCAUAAUACCUCGCGUUAGUAAACGAGAGCAUAUUUGUAAUUUCUCCUUUGAAAAUAUAUAGUGCUGUCCGAGUAAUUACUUUUAUUACAUAUGUGUUCUAUGUGUUCGACGUGUUUUUUCUGAGAUUGAACGACAUAUAUUGGAUAGAAGUUCUUGAAAAUGUUUUGCUUAGUUCAAAAAUCAGUUCUUGGCGCUCCACAUACAAACUCCAUUACCCAAGAGGCAAUGCAAACAGUCAGUGCGUCAGGUCUACUGCCCAGACAGACAGAAGAGAGAGAGGAGGAGACGGAGAAACCCACCAAUACGCUACCAAUGCUGUCUCUCUUUUAACGAUUAUAUAAGUCAAAAAAGAAAGAACAGACAUUCACCUGGCCAAAUCUAGCGACCCCCGACUCCCCCUGCCCCGAUACCCUUGCACACAGAAAUGAGCGGCAGCGGGCGGCCCAGGACCAGCUCGUUUGCCGAGCCACCGGGGGCUGCUGGAGCUGCUGCAGCCGCGGCCGGAUCGGUCGUUGCUGGAGGGAGUACCACAGGAAAGUCCGGGGCGUCACAGGCCUCAGGGAGUAGCUCGUCCGGAUUCGGGAGCUUGAAGAUGAGCAGGGACAGCGGCAAGGUGACGACGGUGGUGGCCACACCCGGCCAGGGCCCGGACCGCCCGCAGGAGGUGUCGUACACGGACAUCAAGGUGAUCGGCAACGGCUCCUUCGGCGUGGUGUACCAGGCGCGCCUCAUCGACAGCCAGGAGAUGGUGGCCAUCAAGAAGGUCCUGCAGGACAAGAGGUUCAAGAACCGUGAGCUACAGAUCAUGCGGAAACUGGACCACUGCAACAUCGUGAGGCUACGCUACUUCUUCUACUCCAGCGGCGAGAAGAAAGACGAGGUGUACCUGAACCUGGUGCUGGACUUUGUCCCGGAGACGGUGUACAGGGUGGCCCGGCACUUCAACAAGGCCAAGACCACCAUCCCCAUCAUCUAUGUCAAGGUAUAUAUGUACCAGCUGUUCCGCAGCCUGGCCUAUAUCCAUUCCCAGGGGGUCUGUCACCGGGAUAUCAAGCCCCAGAACCUGCUGGUGGACCCUGAGACCGCCAUUCUCAAGCUCUGCGACUUUGGGAGUGCGAAGCAGCUGGUUCGGGGCGAGCCCAACGUGUCCUACAUCUGCUCGCGUUACUACCGGGCCCCCGAGCUCAUCUUCGGGGCCACCGACUACACCUCCAACAUCGACAUCUGGUCGGCCGGCUGCGUGCUGGCCGAGCUGCUGCUGGGACAGCCCAUCUUCCCCGGGGACAGCGGGGUGGACCAGCUGGUGGAGAUCAUCAAGGUCCUGGGGACCCCGACACGGGAACAGAUCCGCGAGAUGAACCCCAACUACACAGAGUUCAAAUUCCCUCAAAUCAAAGCACACCCCUGGACAAAGGUGUUCAAGCCCCGCACCCCCCCGGAGGCCAUCGCGCUGUGCUCUCGGUUGCUGGAGUACACGCCCGUCACGCGGCUGUCGCCCCUGGAGGCCUGCGCCCACCCCUUCUUCGAUGAGCUGCGCCAGCCCGGGGCACGUCUGCCCAGCGGGAGAGACCUGCCUCUGCUCUUCAACUUCAGCCCCGUGGAGCUCUCCAUCCAACCGCAGCUCAAUUCCACGCUCAUUCCUCCGCACGCCCGCGCACAGACCUCCCCCGCCUCGCACGCAGAUGGUGGUGUGUCAGACAGCCCAGCCCAGCCCAGCUCAGCACCUGGAACUCUCAACAACAGCACCUGAAUACCCCCCUGUCUGUCUGUCUGUUCAUCCCUCCCCUCUUCCCAAUCCUCCCCCUCUCCUCCAACGUUAUUGGCUCCAAACUGUAGUAAACUGAUUUACGCACACGCACACACACACGCACACGCACACGCACACACACACACACACACACACACAUCCUUACAGCUGACACAUUUCAUUGUAUUUGACAGUUCCGGUCAGUCCAGCCAUACCGUUCAGUAAUUGGAAAAUCGGCUGGUGUACGGUCUAUUCAUGCUGUGCUGCAGAGUCUAGUAUAGGAGUUUCACUGCAUUUGCACUGACUCUCGUGUGGUCAGUAUAGGCUACGUACAGGCUUGAUGGACUGAGAUCUUGUGUCAUGUCCAGUACUUGGCAGUUAUCAUAGUGGAGCCAGGCCAGUUUAAUCAGCCUGUCCUGUUCCUGGCAUCGGGAUAUGAUCAUUUCAUUGUCAGGGGAGAUUAAGGGGUCGAGGUUGUCUGUAUAACGAUCUUCCUUUUUUGAUUUUAUCCUUUUUUUUUUUGUUUUGUUUUUAGUGUUUAUUUAUUUGAAUCUCCAGACUCAGUUUUUAUGAUGAUGCUCUGACAUUGUAUAUAUAAACGGGGUUAAAUGUCCUGAAUUUAUAGCGUAGACUGACGGUAAUCACUUUCUCGGAGGUCUUAAAACGUGCUUCUCUGGCACGCCUGGGCCCUGGGACAACGCUGCCACCUGGUGGUGGAUCUUGGUACAAACGAGAAAAAUCCUCAAAAUCAAUUUGCACAGACGGCUUCAUUGUUCGGAUAAAUGUUUGUUCGUGAGCAGGUCGGCUUCUGUCCGCUGUUCGGCUCUUCUGUGUUUGAGCUCUGUGGGAUUUGUGAAGAGCUUGGGGGGGGUUGAUCCUCCGCUGCAGAAUUAUAUCCCUUCACUUUCAACAUCAGAUCAAAAAAUGCCUCUCCCCCUGCUGUUCUCCCCACCAUGAGAUUAAACAUAAGACAAGGCCAUUAGGUUCUGCAUGUAAAUGGAAAAAGAAAGUUUGUGGUUUUAUACUUUUUAUAUUAAAUUAUAGAAAAAUUGCAACAAAAAUGACGAAACGGCAGUUUUUUUUUAUUUUUCUUGUACAUUUAUUUAUUUUUAUUUUUGAUAGGGGAUUUUAGAGGUUUUACUGUUGGCCGGAGGCGGGGGGUGUGAAGUCUUUAGUGGUGUAGACAUCUAGUGUCCCUAUGGCUGCUACCCUACUGAAUAAAUCUGGUUCAGCUUCGAAAAACGUCUUAAUGUUCACAGUUUAAGGAGGGACCGUUUCAAAAUAUAAAAGCGCACAUUCAUUUAUGUUCAUGUUCAUGUGUGUGUACACGCCUCAAAGUCACAAAAGCAGAAGACACAAAUAUAUUGCCGAAACAUUUCUAAGCUUUGUGACCGUUUGUCGUAGGGAGAUUGAGACAAACAGGAGUGGUUAAUCUUGCUUGAAUAAAGUUCAUAAAUUAUAUGGUCCGCUAGGAUGUAGGGUCCUUUUGGAAACCGGUUGAAAUUGCGUUCGAAGUGGUAUGAAAUGGUCCUUUUAACUGCAAUUUCUCCACAAUGUUAACUCGCGGGAUGUGGUGUUGCAUGGUGAUGACGGUCAUCUUGCCACCAGUCACUCGAAAGCAGUUCCUUCCUCUCACGUUUGCGUGCACGUCUAGUAAGCUGCCUUUCCAUAGUCGGCUUUUUCACAUGCUCUUUUGGCCGUGUACAUGAACCACACACUAGCACACCGGCAGAUGUUCUCUAGCCUUGGCUAUAGCCCCUCUGCUCUGAAAAUGUAGCUAUGUGUAGCAGUAAGUGAUUGGUGUGUUGGAGAUGUUUGUUUUAGUGUUAUAUGACCAGGCCUGGCCAGGUUAGUGCUGCCGGCUCAAGGCCACCAAGCUGUUUGUCGCUUUUUCAUCCGGUCUAAAUUUAGCUUCAGAAAUCAGUCGUAUUUUAAUUUGAUUUGAUUUUUUCUUUCUUGCCGAGAUGCACACACGCCAUGGUGUGUGCGCGCGUGCGUUUGAGCGCGAGUGGUGGGGGCGUGGACGCUCGUGCGACUUCAUGUACUGUAAAGGAGUUGUAGUGUACUGCAUGACAGUGGUGUCCUCUUUCUGAGUGUACUUGUGUGUUUGUAGAUCUUAAUCGCUCACCUAAAGACUUUUUAUUUUUUUCUCCUUUUUUUUUUUGAGGGGGGGGAAAAAAUGUGAUUGAUUGCUAUCCCUGAUCACCGCAGUUACGCUCGUUAUAAAUUCCAAAUGUAUUACAGGUUUUCAGGUUCACUGCUAGCUACUACAGUCCCCUGCCUCUCCUCCCACUCGCACACACCACAGAUGGAUCAACAGGCUGAAUAACCUCAAACUAUUUUGGAGCCUUCCCUCCCUCUCCUCUGCCCCCCCCCCCCCACCCCCUCUCUCCUCUCCUCCCUCCCCCUCCCUUACUAUAGCUAACCUGUAAAUAUCAACUACCUUUAUUUUAUUUUAUUUUUUUGUUAUUCUUGUUAUUAUAUUGUUGUUCUUGUAAUUUUCCUUUUCUUCGGCAGAGUAGAGCUGGCUUAACCGUGACCAGGCUCUCCCCUCAGUCCUGCAGUCUGUAAAUACAGUUUUAUUUCAAGACCUGGUUCAGCAGGGAAAAACAAAACGAAAUGUACUGUGUUUCUCUCCCUCCGUUUCUCUCUGGUUAUUUCUCCUUCCCUCCCCCUUUAAACGUUAUAGUGUUGCUUUUAUUUAUUGUGCUUCUGUUAUAGGGUUGGGUAGGGGUAGGUUUAGAAAGCUUGCUUUUAAUAUGCGACUGUCUAAAAUGUUCAGAAGUGUACACAUCCAGGCCUUUGGAAUGGUCUCUUAAGCAGGAUCUGGUAUUAGCAGGUAAACGCCAUAAUCAUUCAGCAGAGCCAUACGUAUAAUCUGUAUAAUGUGCAGGGGACAUCAAAUGGCUUUGGGAUAUGACUACGUACAAGUUGGAUCUCCGUGGAAGCGGCGUUCGGCACAUGAAUGCGGUUGCGUGGAGUUAACGUUGAAGCCAUGUCUGUUGUUUUCGACUGUCCUGCUCUGUCUCUUCUUCCCCACAGUGUUUUAAGGUGUAUGUGAAUGCAAUGGUGCCGCCCUGUGUGUGUGUGUGUGUGUGUGUGUGUGUGUGUGUGUGUGUGUGUGUGUGUGUGUGUGUGUGUGUGUGUGUGUGUGUGUGUGUGUGUGUGUGUGAGAGAGAGAGAGCGAGCGAGAGAAAGUAGGUUGAUUGUGUGGUUCGGGUGAGUGCUCUCCUGUGUUAUCGGUUAAUUCCUCUGAUGUUUGACCCUUGCUGUGUCCCACCCAAAUGAAGAAAAUAACUGUAAAUGUUUUCCUUCAGCAUAUGUUAUGGGUUGGUUUUAAUUUGUUGCAAUCACAUUUCACACCUGCGGGAGGUCUGUUGAGAUAGGAGGAGCAGAUGUGGGAAGGGUUGUAGGAGAGAGAGAGAGAGGGAGGGAGAGAAACUGUGUUUUUGUUUGUUGGUAUAAAAAUAAUUAAACUCAUUAAUAAAGUGAUGAAACCGC